AACAAAAUGGGGGAUGUUACUCAAGAUUGUGCUAUUUGUUUAGAGACGUUGAAAACACCUAAAGUUCUGCCGUGUUCCCAUUUAUUUUGUGAAGUAUGCAUUUCAGAGUAUAUAAUAUCGACAAUUACCAAACCAGAACAAAAAACCUACAACUGCCCAGUGUGCAGAAUCGAAGUCGAAGUAAACAAUCCAAAUAGUCAUAAUUCCUCUUGGGGUCCUGCUCUUCCAUCAGCUGAAUGUUGCAGACAAAUUGAUACAAAUCAUCCAACCAUGCAAAAUAGACAACAAUGUCACCCAUGUGAACGUUCUGAGAAUGUAUCAAUUGAUGCCACAGUUUGGUGUAGUAAUUGUGGUGAGGCUCUCUGUCAGAAAUGUUGCGAUCUUCAUCGUCGGUUUAAGACUACUACAACACAUAAAACUUUUACAAUUACUACUUCAACUAACGAUGACUUUACGUUCUUGGCAGAAACAAAUGCGUUUUGCAGUAUACACGAGACUAAGCCGUUAGACGUGUACUGUUUAGACCAUUCAGUGCCAUGUUGUGUUGUUUGUCUAACUGUAAACCAUAGAACGUGUGAGGUGAAAUGCAUCGAAGAAUUGGGUGAUAUAAAAGCAGAAAAUAUUGAGCUUUUUUUGAUUGAAUUAGACAAUGUAAAAUGCAGUUUAAAUGAGCUGAUCAAACUAAAAGGUGAAAAUAAAGAAAGCUUAAAAUCAUCUUUUCAAUGCAUGGAAAAAGAGGCUAUAUCAACAACCACCAAUCUGAAGAAAAAAAUGGACGAUCUCUGCCAUGAAUUUAUCAAAACGUCAAGUUUAUUGCAAGACGAUUUACUAACCGAACUUGAUAACGUCAUAAAACAAGCACAGGGACACACAUUAGUUUUAGAUGAUUGGACUUCAAGAUUAAGAACAGUUAACUCCUUUGGAUCAAGAAGUCAAACAUUGGUAGCAAAAGAGAAUAUUAAGGUUGAAUUAGCAAAUAAAGAAUCAAACAUCAAAAGACUCUUGAAUGAAAAUCAGGAUAUUGGUGUGUCAACUGGUUUUAAGGAUAUUUCAGAAGCUUUGUCAAAGGUUGAAAUGCUAGGGAAAAUAUCAGUUUUAAAACACAUCAACAAAAUUUCAAAUAAAAGGAACAAUUUAUUCAAAUCCAAUCGUGUUCAACUUGAAACAUUAUCACUUAAAUUUCGGUCUAUAUUAGGGUUAAAAGAAAAAGAAUUUUCGAGUGGUGCUUGUAUAAAUUCCGAAAAAUGUGUUGUCAUCUCUUCAACUGGACUGUGUGAAAUUAUAAACUUACAAACUAACCAGAUUGUCACCUCUGUUUUCAUUAAUCAAACAGGUACACCCAAACGCAUAUGUUAUGACAAAAGUAGUGGACGUUUAUUUGUGACUUUCAAUGGCAAUUGCGGUGUAAGUUGUGAGAUAAAAGAAGACAACAUAAAACAAGUAAAGUCGCACACUUUCACAAACUAUGUAUGUGGAAUUGAUAUGUUUGACACUACACUGUAUAUUAUGAGCAACAACGUCUUAAAGACUCCUGAUUUGCAAAAUCCAAUGGUGUUCAUGAGGACUACUGCAUCUGGAAUAUCAGAUGACCUAGCAGUCGAUAAGGAAUCAGGACGAUUAGCUGUUACAAUACAAGAGUCCAAAUGUGUCAGCUUCACAACAUUUCAGGAGACAGAAUUGAAAAAUACAGUUCAGUUAAAAACAGCACCAGUAGCUUUGACUUUUGGGCCAGAUGGCAUUCUUUUUGUCGCAGAAUUCAAUUGUUGCAUUAGUGUUAUAUCGAAAAAUGAACAGAACUUGCGACCAUUGAAAGAAAAACUUGAAAAAUUGAAUAACGUAAGCGAUAUAUGGACUGAUAAAGAAUCCAAUACCUUCUUCGUUUGUGGAAAGAACUAUGUAGAAAUAUAUGACAUACAGUGGUAA